AUGGCUGUCGACGAGCCUGAGCGGCACUCAUCCACAUGUCCUGAUAUUCGUUCCAAGAGGGAUUUGACGACUCUCAGCGAAGUCGAGGAGUAUGAAACAGGAAAAUUCCUCCGCUCAAGCUUUGCCUACAUCGACAAAGAUAACACCGUCUGGUUUGGCGAGGUACCUGGAAUCCGAAAGUACGACUUGACGGUUGAGAUUCUUAAACGCGAGCUGCGAAGGAUUCCCGAUGAGAAGAUCUACCCGCUUCACGACAAAAGGAUGUCUUACGAGCUGAAACUCGUCCCGCGCAUGCUUUUCGAAGAAGCCGAGAUCCUCGAAUUUCUCAACCAUGAUCAACAUCGCCACCCGAACAUCAUUAGAUACCAUGGCUGUACCGUCAAACGUGGGCGUAUUACCGGACUCGCUCUCGAAAAGUACGAUGUCAUGUUGCAAUAUCGAUAUCAAAAUGUCCCGCGUGAUCUGGAUGUCGCGGUUUGUAUGGACGGCAUUCGCGCUGGUGUUAAGCACCUCCAUUCCCUGGGACUCGCGCACAACGACCUCAAUCCUACCAACAUUGCCCUAGAUGCUGAGGAUAAUCCAAUUAUACUUGACUUUGGGUCAUGCAAGAAGUUUGGCGAAGAACUUAUUUCAGCAGGCACGCCUGGCUGGAUCGAUGAGGAUUACACCACAUCUGCGCAGCAGCAUGACAUUAUCGCUAUGGGAAAGAUCGAAGCAUGGCUCAGAGAAGAGAAUCAGAAAAGACGUUCGGAUCACAUUAGAGAAUGA